UUUUCCAUUCCAUCCAUUCAUAGCGCAACCGCUCAUAACGUGCAUAGGCGAGAUAGGGAUCAGCGAGAGAGAGACAGAGAGAGGGUUGGAUUAGAGCACUGACAGCCACCUCAGUCAAACAGUUGAGAGACACACGGUCACAACCUGCUGAGGGGGCAAAACUAACGGGACCGGAAAGUCUAAAUCCAAUCCAGAUCACUUCUUAGCGGGUUAGGGAGAGAAGACCACCGACCACCUCGAGACCCCGCACUGAUUGAAAAGAGGGCAGAGUUGGAGAGUAAAACAAUCCGUUUAGAAAAAGAAUUCAAAUUGAUCAAUCCAGCCACCCUAUACUCUGAACCAUGGAGCGCAAAAUCCCUGACUUCGCUGGUACCUGGAAGAUGAAGAGCUCAGAGAACUUCGAGGAGCUUCUCAAAGCGCUGGGUGUGAACGUGAUGCUGCGCAAGAUAGCGGUGGCAGCAGCCUCCAAGCCGUCGGUGGAGAUCACCCAGGAGGGAGAGACUCUGUCCAUACGAACCUUCACCUCCGUCAGAACCACCCACGUCACCUUCACCGUGGGAGAGUCCUUCAACGAGGCCACGGUCGACGGACGCCCCUGCACGAGUCUUCCAAAGUGGGAGACAGACAGUAAGAUCAGCUGUGAGCAGACUCUGCAGAAAGGGGAGGGACCUAAGACCGCCUGGACCCGAGAGAUAACCAAUGACGGCGAGCUCAUCCUGACCAUGAGUGCGGACGAUGUGGUGUGCACCAGAGUCUACGUACGAGAGUGAAAGAGAAGACAACUCUUCAUCCUUCCAUCUCUCUCACCACUCACUCACUCCACAACCCCCCAGCCAGACUGGGCAGGGUGAAAUCAGCUUGUAGAAUCUAGUUUAACUCCAGUAUAUCUGUCACAAAUCCAUGGGAUUGAACCCAGUCUAGUUGACCUAUAUCUAUUAAAGUCAGUCUUGCCAAUGUUCUGUCCACUUACUCAGUGAGGUUGUUAACCUGAAAUUGUGUCUUUUUCUGAGUCUUUGUACGUGCAAGGUUAUUGAUCCAUGUGUGUGUAUGUGUGUGUGUGUGUGUGUUUGUGUGUACGUGCUAGUCAGGGGAGUAGGUCUAAGUGUGUGUAUCAGUGUCUGACUAUAUUUGUAGUUGUGUAAACCUAUGAGCUCUACCAGUUAUAAGGUCAGUUACUUUGUGUCUGUUCUCUCUCUCCUUCUCUCUUCCCUCUUAUCUCUAAGUCGAUAAAGUUGUAUAUUUAUGACACUAGAUCUGAUACCGUGUUGCUAUGGUUUUUACUUUGUCUCUUUUAUAUAAAAUCUGAUCAUUGGAAAUGAUGCUUUCUAUGGGAAGACAAUAAAACACCAUGUUGACUCCA